AUGGAGAGACUUCCUACUGGUUUAAGGUUCGAGCCAACCGAAGAAGAGCUCAUUCUUAAUUACCUGCACAAUAAGAUCAUGUCCCUCCCAUUGCCCGCUGACAUACCAGUAAUCGAUGUCUUCAAAUCUGAUCCAUGGAAUUUGCCAGGUUAUACUUAUCAGCAAGUGAUUUACUUCUUCAGUACUACCGAUGAAGCUAAGUACCCAAAUGGAGACAUGCCCAACUGCUCUGGCCACUGGAAGGACACCGGCAUCAACAAAGAGAUAGUGGUUUGUAAGGGAACUGAUGUAAUAGUGGGCAUGAGGAAAACUCUUGUCUUUUACAAAGGAUACUCUCCCAACAGUUCCAUGACCGGUUGGGUCAAUUAUCAGUACAGCAUACCUGCUUCCGCCGCUGCCGACGGCCUCGACGGUUCAGUCAUCAGUCCCAUGAAAAAGAUCAAACUUUCGGAGGGAUCGGCUGAUGCUGCGGUUUCCAUGGAUAAUUACUGGGUUUUGAACAAGGUUUAUAGGAAAACGAUUGAUGCCAGGAUGAGGAUGAUGUUCCUCUCCUUUUGGAACGCUGCUCCUGCUCCUGCUUCUUCCGAUUCCAGUGUGAUUACGGUCGAAAAAUCUCUUACCCAUGAACCAGAUCAUCAGGAGGGCGGCAGCAGCAGCGGCAGCAGCAGAAGCAGCAGGAAGCCUUAG